UGAUUUAAUAUUUUGUUUCAUUCUUUGACCUUUGAUAAAGUAAGCAUGCCUGUAUAGACUACAUUCCCUUCGUCUGCCUAAUUGACUAAUAAAACAGAAAAAAGUUAAACGUUACAAAUUUACAAACAGUCCCUCAGUUUUUUUAAUUAUUUAUUUUGAUUAUUACGUACAACAUCGACAAUGUCUACUGAUUUAAACUCCAGUUUCACAGAACAAUACAUGAACAUCAAUACAAAAAUGAAAAAGCGUUUCAUGCGGAAGCCAAAUGUUUCUGAAGCAACAAAUGAGUUUAUAGCACUAGCGAUACAAUGUGAACAUUCUGAACAGCCAACGUUUGCAGGGCAUUCUUAUGUGGGCGCUGCGAAAUGCGAGGCCUCGGUGGGAAAUUUCCUUGGUGAAGCAGAGCACUAUAUCUCUGCAGCCAGACAAUUCAUUAAAGCUGAGAUGAAACUGAAGUCAAUGAAAUUCUACAGUCCCGAAAGAGAGAAUUUAGAAGCUGGUAUAGGAUGUUUUCUACAAGCACUGAACAAAUAUCCAGAAAAGUCACCCAUUCGCACAUCACUACUGAUGGAAUUAGCUAGCAACCUGUCCACCCUGGGACAUAAAGCGGAGGCUAUAUCAUACUACCAACAAGCACUGGAUACUGUUGUGGAUUAUACUAUGAAGUUGAUGGCAUUGUGGAAUUUAAUGAUUUUACAGAUUGACAGUGAAAAGUUCAGCAUGGCACUUGAAACUUCAAACACAAUAUGUGACUCCAAACUGAAUAUUCCUGAAGACCUCCUCACAGAAGUUCAAGUAACCAGGAUACUGUUAGCAAUUCUCGUGAAACCAGCCGAUGAGGACAAGCCAUCUUCAUUGAAACAAGUAUUUUUUGAUCUAAUGAAUGAUAUAGAAACUGAAGCUCUACCUCUGAGUACGGACCUGCGGUUGAAACUGCAGUCAAUAACAGUGAGCGAGCAGGAGGGAGAUAUGACGUCAUUGGUUGCACUAUUGGCCGACACGGAAGAGCACCUAGUUCCACACCAGACACAAUUACUGCACCACAUUAUUUCUAAACAAAGGCUCGAUCAUUUGGGUCUUACAUAAAAAUCUCCCAGAUACCGCUACGUUAGAUGUAGAUGUUCUACUCCAGUGAGCUACUUCUCACGUUUUUACUGUUAUUGCAGUAGAUAUGCAUAUAUGAGGGCGUCAGCGCAAAAGUGGCUUAUGUUUACCAUAGUUGGUAUGGAGAUAAUGAGGUUUGAAUAAAUUUGAUUUACUUUUACAUUGCUUCGUACGCAAAAAUAAUACGCACAAAAGUAAUAUUUACAAGGCCAUCUAUUAUCUAUGGGUGAAACUAGGGAUAGGCCGGUUUUGUAUCAAAAUUUAUUAUGUUUUAAUUAAAUUGCAACAUAAAAAGCACGUUUAUGAAGAAUUAUGGGUUAGGCCACUUUUUCGCUGACGACCUGAUAUGUAAAUCACUAUACUUAUUAAGUAAGCUGAAACGAAGAGUUGGUUUUUUAACAGACUGACACAUAGUAGUGCAAAUUUGCAUUUUAAUAGUGAUUUAAUUUUCACAGAGACAGAUUUUAUUAAUCUUUGGGAAUGUCAUCACGGGACGAGGUGGUGUAGCGAAAAAUUUUGAUUCGCUUAAGUAUAUGUGAGAGAUUUACUUCGUUUUGAAUUUAUUUAUUAGUCUCGUAUUAAAUAAAGCAAGAUUCAACCGUUUAAUUGUGUCUACGACUAACGAAAACCGGAGGAAAUCCUACAUUAAAUAAUGCCCACAUAUGAUUCCAUAACCAUCUCUUAUGUGAAAGGUUUUGCCAGUUUCUCUCUAUUACUAAACCACAUUCUGAAUUGAUGGUAAAGUUUGAUAAUUUGAAAGUGCCUGUAAAGACCUAGUUUAUUAAUGAAUUCCAUAACUGGGGCCUGGAGCUAAAACGGCCCAAAGUACUUUUUUGUAUGAAAUGAGAUUGUAGUUUGCCAAUUUAUUAAAAAAGAGGGAUAUUUAUGUGUUAAAAAGGCGUUAGUUUAUCAGCAAUCAAAUAGCAGUAAUCUUUUGCCAUUAUACAAUAGGACGUAAUUAAUAGCUAUUAUUUUUGGUUAAUUGUUCUAAUGCUUAUUUUUUUUUUUUAUUGCUAGUUGGGUGGACGAGCUCACAGCCCACCUGGUGUUAAAUGGUUACUGGAGCCCAUAGACAUUUAAGACGUAAAUGCGCCACCCACCUUGAGAUAUAAGUUCUAAGGUCUUACGUAUGGCUGCCCCACACUUCAAACUGAAACGCAUUACUGCUUCACGGCAGAAAUAGGCAGGGUGGUGGUACCCACCCGCGCGGACUCACAAGAGGUCCUACCACCAGUAAUACUAAAAAUAAUUAAUAGUCAUUGAUAUUGGCCCAAUUAAUACCAGAUUACAGAAUUAAUUUUGAUAUUUUGGUUUUCAGAUAUUUAUUAAUUUUAAGUAAUUUGUAAAGAACAUUUAGAUUAAACAAUUGUCUAUGUUAAAAAUUUUACUUAUAUUAUCAUUUAUGUUCUUUUAUGUGAUAUCCUUAAACAGACAACACAUCUAAGAUAAUUCAUACAGCAACGAAACACAGACACACAUUGAUAGAAAUAUCAAAAGAAAGACAAUUAUUAAAAUAGUAUUUUUUCAUUUAUUCUUGCUAAUUAGACAAGAUUCAGCCACAUUGACUACUCUUUUAUUUUGUCAUAUUCCGAGACACCUAUUUAUUUGUCAAUCAUUUCCAUAAUUCCGCUUUAGUUAUUAUUAAGACUUUUUCUCUACUCUACUACUAGAGGUGUCUCCGUCUGAAUUUGUGGGUAUAGUACCCUUAAAUUCAUUACCAAAACAUGAUUCAUCAUCGAUAAUAUCUCUACAAUCAGAGGUUUUAGAAGCUGUUGAAGUUAUUUCAUUGUCAAUCUUGACUUCAUUACCAAAAUUGGCAGCACUAUCAACAGUUUUACUUUUGGCAGCAUGAUUCCACAUUUCCUCAAAUUCAUCUUCUUCAUUAUCAUCACUUUUAUCACUUUUAGCUUUCUCUUCAUUGGUUUUCUGCCAACAAUAUUCAAAUGGAUAGCUAACGUUUCGAUUAUCAUCGGGGGCGAUUUCAAAUCGGCAUGCCAGAGAAUUGUAUGUGGUAUGAACUCCUUCCAAUAAGUUCACAUCAACUUCAUUAAAGCCGGUUAUUGAUUUAAAAAGUUCUUCUGCAGUUUGCACAUGUGAGACCCCCUUUUUUUCAAAGAACUGUAAUGAGAAACAAUAUUAAACAUUUUAAAGUAUUUUUAUACCACUUUAACCCUUAAAGUAAUAGAAGAUAAAGCAUAUCUGCUGUAAUAAUGGUAAUGAAUACAUAAAAUUAUGAAAUUGAGCAACACACCAUUAUAAAUAAGUAAUGUAUGAAAAAUAUCACCACUUGAAUUGUUUCAUCACCACUUGAACAUUGUUUUUAUGUAAACUCAUUUUUUUUGGAUUUCUUUGAUGUUAUUUAUUGAAUAGAUUAACAAAAAUAGAAUUAGAUGUUAAAAGGAGCCACCAAACUUGACACAAUAGGUUGUGCUCAAUUUGGCUGUAUAACGGCUGACUCCGUUUUAUUUUUUUAUUGACCUUGUUGGCAUACGGCUAACCUGAUGGUGAGUGGUUACCGACCUACUACUACGGGCUUCAGCAAUGCCAGGGGCAGAGCCAAGCUGCUUCCUACCGUUGAUAUUACAGCAAUUUACUUUUUAUAAAUUAUCUAUGUUGGUGUAUAUCUAUGUUAUUUAUACUGGUAUAUUAUGCCUUCACCGUAGGAGAAAUUCAUAAAAUUGUUUUAAGAUCAAUUGAAAAAGUAUCUGUCAGAUUUUUAUUCCUUACAUAUUUAGCACUAUAAAAAAGGCCAGUACUGAGAAUCCUCAUCCUGAAGUCUUCAAGCCUAGGAGGCUUUUUUAAAUUAUAUUAUUACAUAUUUAAGCCUACGUAUAUUUAUAUUUUUAAUUAUAUAAUUAAUAAAGCAGUUUGAAACCUGUUUAGUUGAAACCAUUUUAUUUAUUUAUAAAGAAAUGAUUCAGCUUUACUCCUAAAUAAUUUAAAUUUAAUGUAAAAAUAGAUAGAUUUAGUAAAUUUUGUGUUAUAAUUAAUAUAAAAAUAAAUUAAAUUUUCGCAUGCCUAAACAGGCGAAAUAUAUGAAGCUAUGUCCUAUAUCUUGUAAACUAUAUUUCUGGCGAAUAAAGAUUUUCUUUCUUU